GAGUUAUAUGCUAAAUCAGUGGAGGAACCAGAAAUAGGAUCCAGAUCUCCUGAAUUUAUGUGCUCGUGACUUAACUGCAACACAAUCCUUCUGUAAUCAAGCCUGAUACUGAGCAUUUCCUGAAAAAUGCUCAGUUCCAUCAACCUCCAUUGUCUAUAAAAGGCUUUGGUGGCACUUGGCUCCAAUUGAGGGCAAUGGGAAUCUUUAAUGGGAGCAGGGCCAGGCCCUGAAGAAGGUAUGUGGUCUAAUGUGUCAAUGGAGACACAAUGGUUCCUAGUCUAUACAAAGCAGCAAAGACACAGCAAAAAAGAAAGGACCCAGACCUUUAAUCCUGUUUUGCAGUGGAUUUAAGAAGAAACAAUUGCAACAGUGGAGCCAAUGGAAAAGCUCCUGAAAACCGAAUUGAAGACCUCCAUUCUGAAGGCAUUUGGGAGCUCAGGAGGAGGGUAUAUUAGCCGAGGGCAGAGCUAUGAAACUGACAGCGGGCAAGUGUUUGUGAAAAUCAAUCACAAGCCUCAGGCUAGAAAAAUGUUUGAAGGUGAAAUGGCAAGUUUAGAGGCUAUCAAGAAAACCAACACCCUGAGAGUGCCCCAGCCCAUUAAAGUAAUUGACCUUCCAGGAGAGGGUGCAAUGUUUGUCAUGGAGUACCUGAAGAUGAAGAAUCUCAACAAACACUCUGCAAAGCUUGGAGAGCAGAUAGCAGAUCUUCACCUUCACAACCAGAAACUUGGAGAGAAAUUAAAGAAGGAGGGAAACACUGUUGGUAAAGGUGCAGGACAUUCUGAACCUCAGUAUGUGGAUAAAUAUGGAUUCCAUACAGUCACAUGCUGUGGCUUUAUACAGCAGGUGAAUGAAUGGCAAUGUGAUUGGCCUACUUUCUUUAUAUGUCACCGACUCCAAGCUCAAAUGGAUUUGAUUGAGAAAGAUUAUGGAGACAGAGAAGCAAGAGAACUGUGGUCACAGCUUAAGCUGAAGAUUCCUGACAUGUUCUGCGACGUGGAGAUUGUUCCUGCUCUUCUUCAUGGGGAUUUGUGGGCAGGAAAUGUUGCAGAGGACAAUUUUGGCCCAAUUGUCUUUGAUCCCGCUUCCUUCUAUGGCCAUUCUGAAUUUGACUUAGCGAUUGCUGGGAUGUUUGGUGGCUUUAGCAGCUCUUUCUUCUCUGCCUACCAUAGUAAAAUCCCCAAAGCUCCAGGUUUUGAAAAACGAAACAAGUUGUACCAGCUCUUUAAUUAUAUAAACCACUGGAACCAUUUUGGGACAGAGUACAGAGGAUCUACUCUAAAUAUAAUGAGAGAGCUCUUAAAAUAACCAUUUAGAGGUUGUUCCUUAAGGAGAAUCUAUCUAUCACAGCCUCUUACUAAUUCACAUUGUCUACUUGUGGAUAGCAACACAAGCUAGAAAGAGUGCACAUUGAUGAGAAACCCACACGGCAGAUGUAAAAGACGAGGGAGUCUUUGUACACAUUUAAAGCCAAUAAAUGCUUGCGGUGGUUGUAUAAUUUCUGCAUCAUAUUCUCAUUUACUAGCACAUAUCCACACUGGUGAGUUAGGAGAUUGUGUACAGUCUGUUAUCAAGUUGGUGAAACUACAUGUUUGAAAAGCAGUCUGAUUGACAGCCUCAUCUCAUUCUCCAUGGGAUAACCCAGUUUUCCCCACUCUUUCAUCACUCUUUGCCCUUCCUGCCCUAUAAGGAUCUUAUUGUGGGAUUGUGGUAUUGGAAAUAAUCACUACAUUUAUCACUUCCUCCUCCUCCUACUCCUCCACUUUUUCAUUUGACUUUUCUCCUCCGUUCCCCUCUACCUACCUCCUAAAGGAUCAACUCCAACAUCUGUUGAAGUCAGUGGGAUACUUUUUUGGCUUUGAGGGUAGUUGAACUGUGUCCUAAUUCAGUUGCAUAGUGCAGUCUAUGUAAGUAUUUCUUACAUUUAUUUUAAAUUAAAAUUUUUGUUCUAAACAUUUUUAUGACUCUCCUUUCUAAAGGAAAAAUUCAAUUCAACGGAUACCCCCUAAGCGUAGGUCUCUGCGCCUAUUGGAGAAUGAAAUAUAUAGGCAGAAAAUGGAUUGUCUACAUAAAAUGUAGAUAAAAAUAUAUUUUAUUUAAAGCAGCCUUUUAAAAACAUACUAAAAAACUUCCUGCAACGUAACAGACUUAGCUGUUUGAGAAGAAGAAAUCAGCAAUUCCAGAUACUAUAUUGAUUGGUACUCACUCAAUACAUACAAGUUGUACAGAAUUAAUCUUAAUAGAGAAUUGGGGAAACUAGCCUAUUCCAUCAUUGCUGAUUUACUAAAGUAAAGGCACACUGUCAAAAUGGUGAGGUCCAAAAUUUAAUUGUUUUAUACCUGUUUGCAGAGUCCCCGUAAUUGUUUAUGACAGGGCUGCAUUCUCCACCACAAACAGGCUGGAUGCUUUUCAGAUUUAUAAGCACCAGAGUUUUAUUUAUUAAGUCCCCUCCAACAGUUCAUCAGUAUAUGCUUGUGCAGUCAACAUAUACGUGAACAUAAACUUCCCUCUUAGCCUGCUUUCUAGGGAGGAAGGGGGAAAGACCUCUUAAUUCUGUAUCCUGUCCCUACCUGUCUCCUCUUCUUCCACUAUUCCCUGAUGAUAGGUUGAUUGUUCUCUGUAGCUCAGCAGCCUCCUGCCUAAUUAACAACUGUCUCCCAAUUAAAUCCACUCCAGGGGGAAUAGCUAGCACCAUAGUGACGGGUUAGCGCUAAGUUCCUAGCACUCUUUCAAGUUGUUGAGCAGCUUUUCUUUUGAAACAUAUUCUGUUUGCUCUCUUUAUCUUUAAAAAAACAAAAUAGAUGUGUAGUAUUAGCAGCACAGAAUUGUGAGCAACCGUACAAUAACAAACCUAAUUAUCCUUUAAUGGAAGAAAAGAAGUGGUAAGUAAAC